GGUUAUGAAAAGAAUUCUAACGGUUGCUCCAAGAAUGGUAAUUUGCAAUGUGGAGUGUGUGUCUGCAAUGGUAACUGGUAUGGUGACCAGUGUCAAUGUGAGAGAAACUCUGCAACUCCUGUGCAUCUGAAUGAAAAUGCUUGCCGAAUGAACAAUAACUCUGAAAUAUGCUCAGGAUUUGGUGUAUGUGAAUGUGGCGUCUGUACUUGCAACAUACGCCCAAAUCCAAAUGAGAUCUACUAUGGGAAGUUCUGCGAAUGUGAUAACUUCACAUGCCGGCGGAGUGGUGGGUUACCAUGCUCAGGACCAGAUCAUGGGACAUGCGAGUGUGGAGUAUGUGUGUGUCGUUGGGGAUGGUCAGGUGAAGCCUGCGAGUGCCCAGGUAGCAAAGAGAACUGUUAUUCACCUGAUUCUGCUGAAGAGUGCAUGGGCAGAGGAUCAUGUGAAUGCGGGGUCUGCAAGUGUAGAGAAAACUAUUCAGGGAAAUAUUGCGAUGAGUGUCCGUCGUGUCCUGGCCAGCAGUGUGAAAAGUAUGAAAGCCUUGUGGCAUGUAAAGUAUUUCAGACAGGUACACUCAACAAAGAGGAAUGUGACAAGGAUACAUCCAUUACAACUGUGGAGGUGGAUUACAUAGAUCCAGAGGAAGUGAAAAGCAAUACUCAGUUGCGAAUAUGCAGCUUUCCAGAUGAUCAAGGUUGCACAUUUAUUUUUCGCUACCUGAUUGGCAACAGCACAGUGGAGGUUCAACGUACAAAGCAAUGUGGCAAUGAUGUUAACGUGCUUGCCCUCAUAUUUGGAGUGAUUGGUGGAAUUGUAUUAUUUGGCCUGUUGCUGCUUCUAAUUUGGAAGAUUGUCACUUCAAUUCAUGAUCGCAGAGAGUAUGCGAAGUUUGAGAAGGAACGUGCCACGUCCAAAUGGGACAGGGGAGACAACCCACUAUACAAGCAGGCAACAUCAACUUUCAGCAAUCCAGUGUUUGGUAGAGAGUGACCACUGGUACCGAGUUCACAUACAUUGCUUAUCUGGAGUGCAGACAGCAGCAGUGAGUCUUCUAGCAGCAACAUUGUCAGCAGAUGUAAGGAAGACUGGCCGGUUUGCAGUCACCUGGCUGCCGUUGCAAGGAAGACCAGCCAGCUCACAGUUACCUGGUUGCCAACGCAGAGAAGACCAGCUGACUUGCAGUCAUCCAGCCACCAACACAAGGAAGACCAACAAACCAGCUCACCAUGGCUGGAGUUUCACUGGCAUUCAUUGGGCGCACUCUGCCUUCAAGUUACAGCCCUUUUUAGGGCCCACAGCACCUCACUGGUUACUGCACACUCUAUACUUGCCUGUUCCUCUGUAUACUCUCCUUCUAACAGCAAUAAAUAUCUGUUAUAGAAAUUUACAUGGUUGUCUCUUGAUGCUACUGGACCUGACAUCCCACAAUAAUUUGUAUUAAUGUCCCUACCUUUUUCCUGCGUUCAAAUGUACCAGAAACUGAAGGUGGACUGCACCCACAUUACAGUGCGUAUCAUGGUCUUAGUACGUUAAAUAUGAUUUUGAGAUAGGUUAUCAUUUUUCAUAUGGAACACAGAAGUCAGGAUGAACUAGUUGAACUUUUUGAUGCCUAUCAUUGUGAAGUAUUGUUAUAAGGGUAUGUUGUGUUAAAUUCGUAUAUGAUAAAAUAUCUGUAGAAGAGGUCACUUGGAAGACCUGCUGAGAGACUGGAAGGUAAUAUUAAAAUAAAUCUUAAAGAAACAGGAUAGGAGUGUGUGGACUGAAUUCAUUUGGUAAAAGAUGGGCCUCAAUGGUGAGUUCUUGUGAAUAUAGUAAUGACAGACAACUUGUUUAUGACCCUGUCUUGAGUAUCUGAGCAGCUUUUAGCUUCUCAAGAUGUUCUUUGCCCCAUGGAGUUAGUUAUACAUAAUAUAACCUCUAAUUUAUUAAGGAAUAUUUUGAGCGAAGUGAGUAUGUGAGAAUCCAUGUUCUAAAUUUCAGAUCUUGUGAAAUGUAAAUGAUUGCUGUCUUCCUUUCGUCAUUCUUCGCAGCUCACAUUACAAUACCACUGUCUCAUUUAAUACUAAAAGUUGUCUUUGUUGAUACAGUGUCAUUAUGUAACUUAUGAAUGAAGUCGUGAUCUGGUAACAGAACGUUAUUCGUGGAACCGUGUAGGCCAUAGAAAGAUGAGGUUGGCACAAAUAUGCUUCACCCAUCUUGGCGAGCCAUUAACAACCAAAUUUACCACAGCAGAGUAUCGCUGAUGCCAUAUGUGAUAUAUAGCUCCUUUUCAUUUUCUUUGUUCGUAAAAGUGUGUUUCUGUUUCCCAAGUUGUUUUCUUUUGACUGCAGUAUUUGUGACAUACAUGUAUUUAUGCUAAACAGCAACAUUCAUGAUCAUUUGAGGAGAUGUAUACCACUUUGGAUUUCUUGAAAAAAUGUUAUACAGUUGGAUAGAAAUUUGGAGUUCUUGCUGCAUCUAGGAUAUCAUUUAUAUGUGAGACCAGUGAAAAUCUGCUUGUACUGGAUAGAAGCUCAUGAUCUGCAAGUUGGAAAGACAUGUUUAAGCAUCUGUACCUAAUUCCUUUUUUUUUCAAUACAUUUGUAUCACAUUUCUGAAAAAUGGUUCAUCAUACCCAGUAUGUGUACAUACUCGUAUUUAGUUAACAUUUUGAAGAGCUCUACCUUCUGGAGCAUAAUGCUCUGUAAUACACUGAAAGUCAACUGACGUUUUGGAGGAAUAUGCAGCUUCCAUUUUCAGGACCAAAGAAUAAGCCAAGCAAGAAACCAGCAUGAAGCAGUUAGCAAGCAGAGCACUGCUUCAUGCUGCCUGACUUCAAAUGGGUCCAUUCUUACCUCUGCAGCAUGCAGACGCAGUAGAGACUCAAUAUGUUAUCAUUAAUUACAGCUGAGAAGAACAUUCUUCAAGACUUAGAAAACAGUCCAAACUUCUUUCAGUGACAGAUAUUUCCCCC